AUGCCUCACGUUGGAACUGCCUCCCGUCACGCGUCGCCAGCCUGCUUGGCGGCACUUCACUUCACUAUCUGCACGAUCCAUCAUCUCGCAAACGCAAUCACGAAGCCCAACCACACAUUCGCCGCAAGCAUGGCAGACUCGACGAAGACCACCCGCAGCAGCAAGCGCAAGCGCACCCAAGUCUCAUACUCCGCCGAUGACUACUUUGACUCCCUCGACAUGGAAGGCAACGGCACCGCCACUAAGACCGACAUCGCGCCCGAUGCAGCGACCUUCGAUACCACAUCGGACAACAACGACGAUGACGAUGAACCCGAAGACGGCGAGUUCACACGCAAGGCAUACUCUCAGGAGCUCCGCGAUGAGAUCUACGAUCUGUGCUUGACCGAACCCGACGGUCUUUUGCUCGUCUCGAAGCGUAGAGGAGCUCGAAAGACCGUCGCCCGCGGGUCCGUCACGACGCAGACUGGAACGCACUACCACGGCAAGUAUCGCAGCGGCGGAUACCGCGGCUGGAGGAGGUACUACUACGGCAAUGAAGAUCGUCCUGAAACGACAAACUUCGGAAGCCGCUCACGCAGGUUUGUUCCAGCCCUGCUCGCAGUCAACAAGCAGAUGCGUGAAGAGGGGAGCAGUAGGCUUUACAAGCAAGAGAUUGCGCUCGAAGAUACUACCGCCUUGUUCAACUUUAUCGCCACGAUCGGCGAUCACAACCGACAGAUGGUGUCCAACCUUACCAUCAAAGGCUGGGGACAAGGCAACCUCCAAGCUCACAGAGAUCCAGCCGACCUCGCUGAUACUUUCUACCGCGCUGCGCACUUCUUUCUUGAGGCCUUGGUCGACGCCAAAGGCGACGUUGACGCUGCAGUGGACGUGAUCCAACUUGCUGAAUGGCACUUCGACAAGACUCGCGUUACGCCACCGACCCUUCAGUCAGCCGCGUCUGGCAGCGCCGUGGAGUACAAACCUGUUACUGAAGUGGAGAAGCAGUUCCAGGAUGAGUUGAGGAAGCUCUUGGUUGCGCGCUGCCGCCUCGACUGA